UGGAGUGUUGUUAAGUUACUCACAGGAGUUACAGAUAUUGCCUCUCAAUGUGUUUGUUUAGUUUUUCUUCUUCUGUCUAGCAGUCCAAUCAUCCAUUCUAGCCAUCCAUACGACGAGACAUCCGUCCAUUCAGCGAGCCGUUUGUUCAUCAAGCGAUUCAUCUAACCAAGCCUUCAUCCAACCAGCCAGCAAUAAGGCUUAAAUUGUCCCGUUCAUGUAGCAAUCCAUCUAGCCAUCCAGCCAGCUAACUACCCAGUCAUCCAUCUAUUCUUAAAGCGAUUCAUUCAUCAAGCAAUCAAUCCAUCUAGUCAUCCAUCCACCAAGUCAUCCUUCUAUCUUUUCAUCCAACCCUCGAUCCAGCCAUCCUCCAUUGUUCAAGUUAUCCAACCAACCAGCUAUCCAUCGAAUCAGCCAUCGACCCAUUCAAUAAUCCAUCUUUGUUUUCAGCUAUCCAUCCAUAGAGUCAUCGGUCUAUUCAUACGUGUAUCUUUCCAUUCAUCUAGCAAUCCAACUAGCCAUUGUGCCAUCCAUUCAUCCCUCCAUCCAUCCCUUCAACACUCCUUCCGUGCAGCCAUCCAUACAUCCAUCCUUUCACUAGUCUAGCCAUCAUGCAUCUAAUAAUCCAUCAGUGUAGCAUUCCAUUCAUCCACUAAUCCAACUAUCCAUCCCUGAAAUCACACAUUCAUUCAUCGAUCCAUUCCUUGUAUCAAUUCAUCCAACCAACGUUUAAACUAUCCAACCAUCUAGCCAUCCUUUUAACGAACAAGCCAUCUAUCAAACCAUUUGUAUAUUUUGCCAUUAGUUCGUCGAAAUAGCUACCCAUCCCGCUAUUCAACCAGCUUUCCAUUCAUCUAGGAAUCCAUACAGUCAGAUAACCAACUAUUCAUCCAUCCAUAUGGCCGGAAAUUCAAUUAUCAUCCUUCCAAAAAUUCAUCAACAUUGCAGCCAUAACGCUAUCCAUCCACCAAUUCCUUCAUUCAUUAACCAGCCAUCCAUCUUUUCAACUAUCUAGCCAUCCAACCAACCAGUGUUCCAUCUAACCAGCAUCGAUUCAUUCAUCAGUUCAGCCCUCACUCAAGCGAUCAAUUACUCCAGCCAGCCAUCCAUUAAUCCGACCAGUCAUACAUCCAACCAGCCAAAUCUCCUGCCAUCCAUGCAUCCAUCUAUCCUUGCGACCGUCUACACCAACUCCAUACUCCCAUGCAUCCAGCCAACCGGUCAUAUAGCAGAUAUCUAGCCAUCGAAUGAUGCCAAUCAGCCAUCUCUCCGAUCAUUAAUCGUUCUAACAAGUCAUCAAUCCAUUUUGCCGUUUAGCCGUCCCUCCAUCCCACCCUUUAUGCAUCGAGUCUAUCAGCCAUCUAUCCUUGUAGUUAUCCAGCCGGCCAUCUACCCAGGCAUAAAUACCUCUAGCCAUUCUACCAGUCAUCAGUUCGCUAAAUGCUGCCAUCAUUCCAACCAGUAAUUAAUCAAGUCAUUGAUACAUCCAACCAGUAAUCCUUCGAUCCAGGGAUCACUCAAGCUAUCGAUCUAUCCAACCAUCCAUCCAACGAGUAGUGUAGCCAUCCAUCUAGACAGCCAUCUAUGCGUCCAUCCAGCUAUCCAUCGAUCCUGCCUUCAAUCCAUCUUUUUGUCCAGCCACCAUGGAUGGAGGGUUAUGGUUACCUGGUUGUAAGGAUGGCCGGAUUGAUCGAUGGAUGUAUGUAUAAUUCAUACAUCCAUCUGACCAUCUUUACAACGAGCUAAUCAUCCAUCCAUCUAACAUAGUUUUCUGUUAAACAUAAACAAUGUCCAUUUGCAGGAGCAGUUUUAGCUGCAGUGGGCCUGCUAAUAUUUACUGAAAAUAACUUGUAGAAUUUCGAUUAAAGAUGAGGGUGAAAAAAUCAAGCGUUCAAGUUCAUUUACUGAUUUAGAGAAACUUUUUUUGUUGUAUUUAGGCAGUUGAAAAUCAAGCUUUUUAAAAUGAGGUCUUUAAAACGCUAUUUGUGAUUUCUAAACUGGCAGCUUCAAUCCAGCCAUUCAGUUUGUUUUCUUGAUUCAAAGGUAAAUUGGUUAUACGCCGAGUAAUUGUUCAAGGCGAUAAAAGAGCUAUUGCUCGUUUUCUAAUAAAAAUUCAGUCCAACUCAAACUUCAUGAAUUUUAAACGGUAUUAUUAAAAUUAACAUGGUAAUUUUCGGCUAUCAAAUUACAGGCCGGAUAUCCGAGUUACUUUCAUAAAUAGGCUGAUCUUCUCUGCUCUGUUUCUUUAAGAGACCUUGAAUAUGACCUCACUUUAACAAAUCAAACUACCAUUGGUUCUUAGCAAAUCAGAAUGCUAUUCGAGAGCGAAAUGAGCUGAAGAUUAGAACUUGUUCAAUUUAUCAUCAUGAGUGACGAAGGUGAUGCUUGUUUUUACAAUGCGAAAGCGCCAGUGGUUAAUAUCAAGUCCAGCUCUCUGCUUUGGGGCAGAAUACUGUUCGCGUCCGGUAGUCCAGAGAAUCUAGCGGCAAACCAGUUCUCGGAGAAGAUCUGUGUUCUCAAUUUGGGAUUCUUCUUGGAAGUGAAAUCGCCAGAAUCUAAUUCAGAUAGAGAAACACACAGUCUAUUGAAUCUGCAGAAUCGAAUUGAGCUUAUUACUCAUUCAAUAUUGGGGCUCGUAAUUAAAAUCAGGAAAAACGCCAACAUGUUCCUCUAUCUAGCCCAGAAGGAUAAGUUGACCUCUUGUAACAAUAACUGGAAUGAGACUAUUUAUCUGCAUUCUCACUGGUGUGAGAACUCGAUUGUGAUGUGGUACAUUGUACUCAAAAUCGGUCAUGAUACGACAUCGUUUGUGCACGAACGAUGUGUGGCUGUGUUGCCAAGAUCGGAGAAGACAGGAAACAAGGCAUUAGUAGCCAGAUGUUCCCUUCUGACGUCACCGGACAACGCCGCACUCACCUCUGUACUACCGACCUUUAGUCUUCCUUCUGUCACACAAUUGACCAAAUUCAUAUUGGACCUAGACUCUCAGUUAGAGAGCAAGAAACUAAGCUUGAACCGGUGCUACCCCUUAACCAACCCAAAUUUACCUCUGUAUAGCAUUGACGGGAAGCCGUUAUGGUUCAACUUGCGAUUUACUGGAGAUCUAGAUGUUUCAGAUACCGCUAUUCAGAAGAUGAAUCCGCUGACAGACGUGCAUUACUUCACAGUUGGACCAAGGGGCAAGUAUCUUGUUGAGGAGCAGAUGUCAGGAUCAACUCUGUUAUUCUACAUUCCCUCCAAACUGUGCUCCGCAUAUAUCAGACACUUCGACUUCGCCAAUAAGCUCAUGUCAUCUCUUCCUAAAAGCGAUCAAACUAAUCAAAUGGAAGUUCUUCGUCGGGCCUUAGUUCACGUGGCAGAAUACCUGAGGGAAGUCUGUGGGCAAUUGAGUGCAGGAAUAGACAAAUCCACAUGCAGCAAAAAGUCAGACUGGAAGAACGACAAGUGGAGCUCAUUUCUGUCUCUCAACAUGCAAAUAUACUCCGUCAAAUUAUUUCAAGUUGAAAUGCCAGACCUAGAAACACUCGAUUCCAUCGCAGAACAAAACCAAUGCAUUGACUAUUUCGUUACUUCUCAAGAAAUCACUAACGAUAAUCGAAAACUAGACCAGCCGACUGAUCUCAAAGCCAGUGAGGUCAGACACUGGGAUGUUCUGACAGUUGGAGGUCCUACUCCCCACGCUCUCGAUUCCAGUGGGACCGGGAGGAGUCUGAUAAGAUUCGAGGAGCUUGCCAAGUUACAUUUGGAAGUUACGAAAUAUUUGUUGAAGCAGGAUGCAGAGCAUGGGAAUGUGAGGGAUAUGUAUGCAGGCUUUGGACUGUCUUUCACUGACGUGUUCAUAAGACGCGACCUGGCGGUGCUCAGUCUUAUUGUGACUCCUCUGUGUACUUCUCUUAUGAGGGCCCUGGAGACACAUAAGAGCGAUGAGCUCUUUUGGAAGAUACUGGUCAACACCAGAAAGGUUCACUUCUCCUGGCUCAGUCUCAUCAACGACAGCGGAGAUGAGAGAGAAAUGAUGCGAGACUUCAUAGCUGCAGUGAACUAUGUCAACCGCUAUGUCAAGUUCAUAUUCGUAGAAGGCGAUAACGGAUUCUUCCCACUCAUAGAUAUCGACCUAUUAGGUGACAUCCUAGUUACAAUAUAUCUGCCCAAUAAUGAAGGAUUACCGGACAAAAGGUCGGUGUUCGUGUCCAAGUACCUUAAGCAUGGGAAGCAUUUGCAGUUCGAUUGCUGUGUGCACUUCUUGAAUCAGAGGUUGAUUCCGGCACCAUCUGGCACUGAUACGACAGGAGCGACCAAUGCUCUCGGAGAUGAGAGAGAAAUGAUGCGAGACUUCAUAGCUGCAGUGAACUAUGUCAACCGCUAUGUCAAGUUCAUAUUCGUAGAAGGCGAUAACGGAUUCUUCCCACUCAUAGAUAUCGACCUAUUAGGUGACAUCCUAGUUACAAUAUAUCUGCCCAAUAAUGAAGGAUUACCGGACAAAAGGUCGGUGUUCGUGUCCAAGUACCUUAAGCAUGGGAAGCAUUUGCAGUUCGAUUGCUGUGUGCACUUCUUGAAUCAGAGGUUGAUUCCGGCACCAUCUGGCACUGAUACGACAGGAGCGACCAAUGCUCUAGGAGCUGUUGGAAAAUUAUCUUCACUGCAGGUUGAAAUAUUCCGAGACUUGCACGACUCUUUCAUUACUGGUCAUCUUACCGAAACCAUAGAAAAACUAGCCCAUACAUUUGGUCAAAACAACGAAGUGGAGCGUCUCAAGUCUUCUAAAGAAAAAUUGAGUCAAUGUAUUUUGAGCUCCGAAUAUCUUGACCGUAGUGCGAAGUUUCCGCCGGCUAUUGACCAUAUCAAUGAAUUUAUAGUUGCAUCCAGGUUAAGUCGCUGUAUCCGUCUGUGCAGUUGCAAGAGCGCAAAAGAUAGAACUGCAAUGGGAGCUACUUACGAAAUGGCGGAGCUUAUUUGCGAGUAUAUUGACAGUGUUCAGAAAUCUUCUCGUUUUCAGCCUGGAGAUCAGAUUAGAGGUGCUUUGCUGGAUAGUUUGAGGCGUGGCGUGCGAUUGAGGAAUUGUAAGAUGAAUGCUGGACUGCCGAAAUACAAGUUCACUUCAUUAAAUCAGCGAUUAAUGCCACAAGUAUUCAAACCACCGGAGGGAACAUACACCGGUUCUAAUUCAGUCUCAACUUAACAUGUCAAGACGCAAAUGGCAGUGAUCUUCUUAUCUAGUAGAAACUUUUAUUGGUCUGAAAGAAAUUGCACAACGUUUUUAACCAAAUUUCAAGCUAAUAAUUUCAUUACUGACUGCUUGUAAAUGUUUUUAAUUAAUAUUAUGUACAUAUAUGAGGAUAAUCAUCUGGCCAGUAGCUUAAAUAAUUUACUUGGAAUACAGAAUAAACUUUUAGUUUAGGUU